UGUGCCUUGUCAAUCCUUCACCUCCAAAGUUCCGAAAAUGGGUCAACCUGAUUUGGACUACACUGCUCCGGAAGUUCAGGCAACAUCUAGCUGCUCUCCCCUAAGCGACAUGUUCUCAUUAGGCCUACUUAUUUGUGCUGUCUAUAAUAAUGGACGAUCCCUUAUUGAAGCAAAUCUGAGUAUAGCUCAGUAUACCAACCUAAUUCAGUCGCUAGAGCAAACUCUUCGUGGUUUCCUUGACAGGAUACCAUAUUUCCUACAAGAACCUUUACAAGGACUCCUGAAUAUGGACUCAAGGCGACGUCCUAACGCCCAGAACUUCUCCAUGGUAAGUUUUCCUGUC